AUGAUUCCCUGUAUUUCCUUCCACAAACAGGUAAUCAUCAACUCCCCAUCUAACCAACUUGAGGUCUCUUACUCCGCUCACCCGCGUCAGACAGCUCAAGAAAUGCUUGAUAAUUGGCGAAGUGGGACGACAACACCUAACGGACCUCGUUCUCCUUGUGUGUACCUUGUUUUGCCAGACCACUUGCAGUUCCAUCACAGAACAAAAAUGCAAGAUUUCUCGAAGCCUGUGAAUCGACCUAUUUCGUUAAAAAGCCAGUCUUUUGCCCCAGAUUCCAAUUCCUACAUUUCGUUAGCCGAAAGAGCUACUGAAUCAUAUGCUUUGGAGAAGCUCAAAGCUGUGCGUUUAAUUACGGUCAUGCUGGCAUACGCCAGACCUUGGUGGCGUCAUCGUAUCCCAAAUAUUUCGGAAGGGGGCGAUCUUCCCGACUCUGAUCUGCCGGUUUCUCCUGUCUGUUUUGGCCUGCUUCCUGAGACCAGAGAAGAAAGAGGCUUUUGCCAUAUGAUGCAGGAAGUUACUACGCAGCAGGGAUCGGAUAUCCCUGUUAUUCAAACUCAAAUCUUCGGUAUACCUCUGGAAUCCUGGUGGCCAAUCGGUGUUCCAGCAGCAAAUGCUGAUGCGGAUCACUCGCGUAUCAAGACCCUCGUGGCUAAGGUCCAUGAUCGUCUCGUCUCCGCUAUUUUUAGUCCGCCCAAGUGUCCAUCUUCCACCACGACGUGUUCACAUGCUAUCGAUCCGCCUCUUUUGUAUUUAAUCAGCUUCUUGGAGCGGGGCUCACCCCAGGCGAUAUUUUCAGAAAAUAUGACUUUUAAGGCUGACUCUUAUCCAGUAUGCCCACUGCAGAAUGGAAUUUCCUCGGAGGGCAACGAUUCAGAGGCUGAGCCGGAUUGGCGCCUCGAACUGGCAAAAGAAACAGGAGCUGAUUUUUCCCAUGAUCACGUAUAUACCUCCUCUAGCUUGACCGCUAGUCUCAAGACUACACUUCUUCUAGCCCGUCAGGCCUCUUUCUUACUCUCGAAGCUACCGAUGGCGCGACAUCGUAUGAAUGCUUACAAUCGCCUCACUGAAGCGGAAAAACAGCUGGUCAGGUUGGCCAAUCUGGACCUCAGUGACGAUGAAGAGGAUGAUGACGGUAGUGAAGAGGAAGAAGAAGAUGAAUUGGAAGACGAAACUGAGGAUGAUGUGAAUGACGAAGAUGAGGUAGAUAAAGAGCACCGCGUUGAUGGUGAAGAGGCUUCAGAGGCUAGUAGCGUUUGUAGCAGUACUGAUUCGAUGGAACACACAUUGAAACAGGUAGGUGAUGCUACAUCAUCGCUUUCCUCCAUUUCUGGGGCUUUAUCGUCUUUGCCCAAAAGACCGAGAUCAACUUUGUGGAAGAAAGGAUCUUUCUCGGAUCGGUCAGAAGCUGCCCGACUGGGUGAUCGAAAGCAUGGCCAGUUGCGUAACUCUGGCCUAAGCUCCAUCAGACUUAGUCCGCCGAAGACUCGGCGAAGUUUACUUCUACGAUCUGGCAAGUCAGCUGGAUCUGUAAACUUGAGAAGGCUACGGCGCUGA